AUGGGCAUGAGGAUCAAACUACAAAGCACCAACCACCCCAACAACCUGCUGAAGGAACUCAACAAGUGCCGGCUCUCGGAGACCAUGUGCGACGUCACCAUCGUGGUGGGGAGCCGCUCCUUCCCGGCCCACAAAGCUGUGCUGGCCUGCGCGGCCGGCUACUUCCAGAACCUCUUCCUGAACACCGGGCUCGAUGCCGCCAGGACCUACGUGGUGGACUUUAUCACCCCCGCCAACUUCGAGAAGAUCCUGAGCUUUGUCUACACGUCUGAGCUCUUCACAGACCUGAUCAACGUCGGGGUCAUCUACGAGGUCGCCGAGCGCCUGGGCAUGGAGGACCUCCUCCGGGCCUGCCACUCCACCUUCCCUGACCUGGAGAGCACCGCCGUGGCCAAGCCCCUGACCAGCACCGGCGAGAGCCACGCGGGCACCCUGGGCUGCAGCUCGGCAGAACCUGCCCAUCCCCUCGGAGAACUCCGGGGUGGCGGGGAGCACUUUGGUCCUGAGAGAAACUAUGUUUUACCUGGCGAUGCUGGGGGAAGCUAUAAGGACGAAGAGAGAAACGUUACCAGUGACUCUAACCACAGCCUGCCUCUGCCGCAGCAGCCCCUGCCGCCAAAGAUCGAAGACCACGAUACUCCUGCUCCUUUCACCUCUGUACCCAGUGUGGCGGCCCAGCCAGCCCUGGGCACGGUCAGCAUGGCCAUCCAAACCAGCACAAGCUCCUGCCAGCCGUACAAGCUUCAGAGCAACGGAGACUUCGGCAAAAACAGCUUCUUCCCCCCGGACAAUGCGAUAGACAUCACCACGGGGACCAACUCCUGUCUGAGCAACAGCGACCACUCCAGAGACCCGGGCUUUGAGCAGAUGGACGACCUCCAGCUGGAGGACCUGGGGGAUGACGACCUGCAGUUUGAAGACCCCACCGAGGAGAUCGGCACGGCGGAGGAGGUGAUCGAGCUGAGUGAUGACAGCGAGGACGAGCUGACUUUCGGGGACAGUGACAACCGAGAGAACAAGGCCAUGCCCUGCCAGGUGUGCAAGAAGGUCCUAGAGCCCAACAUCCAGCUGAUCCGGCAGCACGCCCGGGACCACGUGGACCUGCUGACAGGCAACUGCAAGGUGUGUGAGACCCACUUCCAGGACCGCAACUCCCGGGUGACCCACGUUCUGUCUCACAUCGGCAUUUUCCUCUUCUCCUGCGACAUGUGUGAGACGAAGUUCUUUACCCAGUGGCAGCUGACGCUCCACCGACGGGAUGGGAUAUUUGAGAACAACAUCAUCGUCCACCCCAACGACCCCCUGCCCGGGAAGCUGGGCUUGUUUUCGGGGGCAGCCUCCGCAGAAUUGAAGUGUGCGGCCUGCGGGAAGGCGCUGGCCAAAGAUUUCCACGUGGUCCGGGGCCACAUCCUGGACCACCUGACCUUGAAGGGCCAGGCCUGCAGUGUCUGCGACCAGCGCCACCUCAACCUCUGCAGCCUCAUGUGGCACAUGCUCUCCCAUCUGGGCAUCUCGGUCUUCUCCUGCUCCGUCUGCGCCAACAGCUUCGUGGACUGGCACCUCCUGGAGAAGCACAUGGCCGUGCACCAAAGCCUGGAAGACACCCUCUUCCGCUGCCACUUGUGCAGCCAGAGCUUCAAGUCGGAGGCCGCCUACCGCUACCACGUCAGCCAGCACAAAUGCGGCGGCGGCGGCGGCGGCCUCGACCCCCGGCCCGGCUUUGGGCCCCAGCACCCCGUUCUCCCGAAGCGGAAGCUGCCAGUGGAGGAGUUCCUGAGCGAGGAGCUGGCGCUGCAGGGCCAGCCUGGGAACAGCAAGUACAGCUGCAAGGUCUGUGGCAAGAGGUUUGCCCACACGAGCGAGUUCAACUACCACCGGCGGAUCCACACGGGCGAGAAGCCGUACCAGUGUAAGGUCUGCCACAAGUUCUUCCGAGGCCGCUCGACCAUCAAGUGCCACCUGAAGACGCACUCGGGGGCCCUCAUGUACCGCUGCACCGUCUGUGGCCACUACAGCUCCACCCUGAACCUCAUGAGCAAGCACGUGGGCGUGCACAAGGGCAGCCUCCCGCCCGACUUCACCAUCGAGCAGACCUUCAUGUACAUCAUCCAUUCCAAAGAGGCGGAGAAGAGCCCGGACAGCUGA